UCCUUCUCCCUUCCAACGCCACCUUUGGUACUGCUAACCUUCGAGCCCAUUACGUUUUGAUCCGCCCUGCACUCGACUGUGUGUGCCUCCCAUGAUCCCCGUCCACAGCAUGUCGUGGGCAGAAUCGGCUUCACCCAGCCUGCAGGCCCCAUCCUACACGUAUCCUUCAACUAUGAGUCCCGCAUACACCCCAGUCUCAGUUCGUCAGGGCUUCGGCCAGGCGUACACACCUCAGUCUGAUUAUUACGCCUCGUCUACUAAUUCUUUCAAUUCACCAACGAUGGCGCCGUCUUCAUCAGACCAACAGCCCCAACAGCAGAAGUUUGAUUGGCCGGAUUCCGUACGCAGUUAUGUGCAGCGUUCAUUCCAGAGCUCCAACGUCGACCCGAGUGUGUCCGAUACCGAGAUAAAGGCCAAACUGAAGGAGACUAUUAGAUAUACCCAGGACUGCGGGACCAUGUACACCACCGAUUGGGACAACAUGCCACUCCCCCAGGUGAUGAUUAAGACCCAACGCCGGCAAGAGUUGAUGCAAUCAGCAGCAGCACCACCCACCGUAGCAGAAUCUGACAGGCCCACCACCGUCUCGGCAAGUAGCAAUCCUAAGAAGCGCAAAUCGUCGGAUCUCAGCGGUCCGGAACCGCUUGGUACUACCACGGUACCGUGGCGCAGCGGCAAGACUCUGGAAGACCGUAUCACGAAGCCCUCGAACACCAUGGAUAGUCCUCUAGCGGCCAAAAGUAAGUUUCAGAAGAAUGCCGAGAAGCGCCUGCGUCGUGGUGAUGGCGGUUACCAGUCCACAUACCGAUCCCCCAGUCCGCCGCUCCCUACGGGUCCCAUUGUCGGGCUUAAUGAAAACUUGGAGAAGCGAUACUUGCGCUUGACAGCGGCUCCUAAGCCCAGUGAUGUUCGACCUGAGCAUGUCCUGCACAAGACAUUGGAUCUCCUGAAGAAGAAAUGGCGAAAGGACGGCAAUUACAACUACAUUUGCGACCAGUUCAAGUCGUUGCGCCAGGACCUAACCGUGCAGCGCAUCAAGAAUGAGUUUACCGUUUCCGUCUAUGAAAUCCACGCUAGAAUCGCCCUAGAGAAAGGCGAUCUCGGUGAGUAUAAUCAGUGCCAGACGCAGCUACGUGCCCUCUACAGGGCAGGAGUGAAGGGCAAUGCUAUUGAAUUUAAGGCGUAUCGUAUACUGUACUUCAUCCACACCGCAAACCGGACGGCGUUGAACGACGCCAUCGCAGAUCUAACGGCAGCAGAGAAAGAAGAGAUACCCAUCAAGCACGCCUUGAGUGUGCGUUCGGCACUGGCUCUAGGCAACUACCACAAGUUCUUCCAGCUCUACCUCGAUGUCCCCAACAUGGGCGCAUAUCUGAUAGACAUGUUUGUCAAGCGUGAACGACUCGCUGCCCUCGCGAACAUGUGCAAGGCAUUUAAGCCAGAUCUGAAGCUGCGUUAUAUCAGUGAGGAGCUUGGGUUCGAGUCCGAUACUGAGGCCGCGCAGUUCAUCAUCGACCACGCCGGUCAUGACAUGCUUCAGGAGCGACCGGACCAUGUUAUCUUCCUGACCGGAAAAGCCGGCCAGCUGUUCGAGGAAGCUAGAGCUGAGGCGUUCCGGAGGGUCGACCUCAAAGGCCAGAUUUGACCUAUCUCUCGUUACCUUUUACCUCCUACCUUACCCCUCGUUACUUUUGUCUCUCCCGAGCCGACAUCCUUGCUCUUUCGCCUCUCCGUAACUGCCCUAGCCGCCGCCAGUCAUCGCAUCUGUAUAGUUCUCUGUAGACCCUCCCCCUCUCAAUAUCGCGGCGAGACAUCACUCGUUGAACUUGACAUGUCGGAUGACGUGGAUGGCUCCGGGCACCAAAGCUCUGUCCUGCCCAGGUUUUAACCUGUGGCACGACCGUCGCGCCUCUCUCCCUCCUCCGACAACCAUAUGGCCUAUGGUACCAGUUUGACGGAUAUCCUACAUUGACCUCAAACUACAGGAACUAGUUACGACUUGGAUAGGCGGGGUCUGGGGCUACCGAGUGCCGGGACACGUUGCGUCUUUUUUGUUUCUUUUUGAUGGCGUUCAGCUUGGGGACAGGGUAGAGAACGUCAGGCUUCACGGGACCUUGGCCAUGAUCAGCAACGAUCGUGAGGUUCCAUGAAAAUGGAAGG